GACUCCCACACCAAGCUCGUGCUCAGGCCCAACCACCGCGCUCCCUCCGCCACAUCCACGACCAGGCCAGGCGCUGCAGCCUCCCCGCGCGUGCUGGCGGGUGGCUCAGUCCGAUAUGACAGCCACGCCCCCACUCCCGUCGGGCGCUGCAGUGCAGGGCCAAACUACGUGAGUGCGGGGGUGCAGAGUCGGUCAGCAGCCGGAGGGGACGGAUCCUUAACCGCGCCCAAGUUAAUACUAGAGGAAACUGUGAGCCCCACAGAGACCUCCGCCGUGACAUCUUCGCCUGUAGUGACUUUAGCUUUAAGCCGCCCCGCUACACGUCGGCUUUCAGACUCGUCUACUGACUGGGCGAAAGAAUGGGCGAUUCCAAAAUAUUAAAGGAACUCCUGGAGAGCCAAAGACGGCCAGCACCGCUGCAAAGACGGCUGCCUGGCGCCUUACAGAAAUGAACUUGCCGUUGCCCCAGGUCAGCGAGCAGAGGGACCCAGAGCCAACUCAGAUGCAGGGACCGCAGGGGGACCCGCUGCUGCUCUCAUGUUCCCUGCAGGAGCUGUUGGCCAGGGACACCGUGCAAGUGGAGCUUAUUCCUGAGAAGAAGGGCCUUUUCCUGAAGCAUGUGGAAUACGAGGUUUCCAGCCAGCGCUUCAGAUCCUCUGUGUACAGGCGGUACAAUGACUUCGUGGUCUUCCAGGAAGUGAUGCUGCAGAAGUUCCCGUACCGCAUGGUGCCGGCCCUGCCACCCAAGAGGAUGCUGGGAGCUGACCGGAAGUUCAUUGAAGCUCGGAGGAGGGCACUGAGGCGCUUCAUUAACCUGGUGGCCCGGCACCCCCGCUUCUCAGAGGACGUGUCCCUCAGGCUGUUUCUGUCCUUCAGUGGCCCCGACGUGCAGAACCAGUUAAGGGAGUCAGCUCAGUGUGUCGGAGAUGAAUUCAUGAACUGUAAGCUGGCUAUGCAGGCCAAGGACUUCCUGCCGGCUGACAUCCAGACUCAGUUCGCUGUGAGCCGGGAGCUGAUUCGAAAUAUCUACAACAGCUUUUACAAGCUCCGCGAUCGGGCUGAGCGGAUUGCGUCGAGGGCCAUCGACAAUGCUGCUGACCUUCUCAUAUUUGGGAAGGAAUUAAGUGCUCUGGGAUCUGACACAACCCCGCUCCCCUCCUGGGCCCCUCUCAGCAGUAGCACAUGGGAGUCCCUUAAGCAGGCGCUGAAGGGCCUGUCUGUUGAAUUUGCACUGCUCGCUGACAGGGCUGUGCAGCAGGGCAAACAGGAGGAGAACAAUGUGGUGGAGAAACUGAACCUCUUCUUGGAUUUGCUCCAGUCCUAUAAGGACCUGUGUGAGCGGCAUGAGAAGGGCGUGCUACACAGGCACCAGCGGGCCCUGCACAAGUACAGCCUGAUGAAGAGGCAAAUGAUGCGCGCUGCCGUGCAGAGCUGCGAGCCCGAGGCCGUGGAGCAGCUGGAGACCCGCAUCGUGGAGCAGGAGAACGCGAUUCAGACGAUGGAGCUGCGGAACUGCUUCUCCCUGUACUGCCUGCACCAGGAGAUGCAGCUGGUGCACACCUACCUGCCCCUCACCUCCCACAUCCUCGGGGCCUUCGUCAACGCUCAGAUCCAAGGGCACAAGGAGAUGAGUAAGGUGUGGAAUGACCUGAGGUCCAAGCUGCCUUGCUUCUUCGCGGGACAGAACAGCAACGCCGUCCCCCCGAGGUCCCUGCAGGACGGUGUGUCUCCUCACUAGUGCUGAGUGCUUCCAGGGCCUCACUAAAGUCUCUUUCGAAACGCUGUGUCCCUGUUCACUUCCCUUAGACAGCGGCUGCCCCCCACCCCACUGGGCCCCUAGCCUUGGGCUGAUGUCCUUGAGUGGGGCCAGGUGGCAUGGCUCUCCUCCCCGUGUGGGGAGCAGGGCUGAGGACACCACUGCAGGUCUCUGAGCGUCCAUGGAGGCCGAGGCCACGCAGGGCCUGUGCAGCCAUGGUGGGUUCCUGAUGCCUGCACUCUGCCUGUUAGUCUGAGGUUCCCUGGAACGGAUGCCCAGGGGGAGGGCAGCAAGGAAGGUUUUCACAGAAGAUGGUACCUGGGGCUGUGUGCAGGGGGCCUCACCUGCUAGAAAGGUCAGGAAGGGUCUGGAUUAGCUGAGCAGGGAGAGAGGAGUUGAAAUGCAGAGAGGGCAGGACUGUUCUGCAGCAGCAUGCUGCCACGGGACAAGGAGGUGGCUGUCUCAUGUGUAGCUGGUCAGCGAGAGGGCAGCCAGCUGCAGCUAGCAGAUGGCCUGGCUUGGGGGCGGAGGGGUGGUGCAGGCACACGUGAGCUGGCAGCAGGGGCCAGCAGAGAAGGCUGGCAUUGGGGGUCGCUGGGUGUUGUGUUGACUUCCAGGAAUGAGUUGAGCAAGCACCCUGGGGCCUGGCCUUGAGGGUAAAGGGUCCUGCGUCCCACCACACGCGUGCUCAAAUGUGCACGCUUGUUAUGUGACCAUGCCUUGUGCCUGGCGGUGGUAUGGUGGGCUGGUUGCUUCUGCUCUGCGAACCAGGAAGGGCUGCUCUCCUCAUUGCACAGAGACAACAGAGGCUGGAAGGGCAGAGGAGGGGUGGGUGGGAGAAGCGUUCUGGCUGGACUCCAGAGGAGGGCUGUGCCUUGCUGCAGCCAACCCCCUCUUAAACUGACCUCUCCACUGGGCAAUCAGAACCCUCCCAGGCUUCCUGUGCACUGCCAGCCCAGCUUGUGUUCCUGGCCCUCUGCAGGGAUGAUGUUCCCAGCCCUGGCAGUUUCCUGUUCAGGAUCCCUUUUGUGUAAUCGCAUGGAGGCCUGGAGCCAGACAGGCCUCCCUGUCCCUCGGGCUGCCUUUGAGUUCACUGUGCCACAGGCCUCGGUGGCGGUAGGCGGGGGUCCUAGCCACCCGGGGCAUUCUUAGGUUCCUGCCUUGCAGGGGUGAGUGCCUGACACAAUCGACUUCUCCUUGUCUCAGAUCUGACAUUUCACCUUACGCAUGCAUAUCCUCACCCAGCGCACAGGACCCAGAGGCAGGUGGAGGCCUUGGGAUAAAUUUGGACACCUGGAGACUGUUAGGCAUCCCCGAUGAGCUGAUGCAUGACUUCAGUCUAGGGCAAAGUGUCUCAGGUUUGGCCAGACAGCAGCGUCGGCUGGGCUGCGAACUCAUUGCGUGUGGCUUCAGCCUGGGGACGUGGGAAGGUCUGCCAUGCUGCACGCCACCCCAGCCCGGGCCCAGGACGGUGACGGUGAUGCGCCUUCCCAGGCUGUUAGUGUCCCCCUGAGUGUGGAGAAGGGGGGCUGUUGGACCGCUGGCCCGGGUUUCUGGGCUGUCUUAGCCUUCUGAUCUCCUUCCCUCUGUACAAAUGGGCCUUGCUUUUAGAGGAUUGGUGCUGCCUGCAGAGCUGGGCCCCUGACACAGUCCCAAGGCAGAGCACAGCCUCCAGGCCUCCUGUCCUGUCUCCGUGGCGGUGGCUGCUCACUCCACCACCAGGGGUCUGCCUGUGGGGCGAGGGACGA